ACGCCAGUCGGCGACCGAGCCUGAUGAAAUCGGACGGAACUCUGUUUCUAGGAUACAACAAGAAGAUACCGCCCAUCGGCUCGGCCGUGGAGGCUAAGCUAAACUCGCUGCUGGAGGAAGAGGCCGAUAGUGAUGAGGGCAAUGACAAAGCCACGACAGAUGAAUCACAGCCAUCGUCGUGGACAAGGUCCGAGAGUUUUGCGACGCCCGAGAGUCGCUCCGCCAGCGCCAAGAGCACUCAGGAUCACGCUAGUAGUAGCAGUGUCAAUACCAACAGAGAAGCCUCGAGCUCGGCCAGGAGUACUGCGGCUUCGGUCUCAUUCGAGAAGUCGCUAUCGUUUGGAGACAGUCCGCUGCGUGAUCCGUCUAUGUCUCCGGACCGUGGCUCGCUGCAGUUUGUCGACUUGGCGAUCCUGCCUCCUUCGGCGGAGCUACCAUCAGACGAAGACUCGACAAGAGCAGCACCAUCGCCUCUCCAACAAGCAACUAUGUCAUCAGCGUCAUUACCAGAAACACAAGAGCCACCGACACAGGCCGGAGAACCAUCAAAGCCGCAUCCAGUAGCACCCACGACUGUCCUCCCCGAGGCCCAGCCGGAGAUUCAUACUCCGCAACGCCAUAUGAUUCCGCUGACGAUGCAGGACGUUAUCAACUCCGAGUGCGUGCGGGUGACCGGAGCCAAAAAAAUAGUCAGGAUGAAGUGGAAGGUGAUGUACCCUGUCUGGAAGCCUCAGUCACUGGAGAGGAUAUGAACGGACGUCGGGCGGCCGCGCCGAUGAAAAGAUGCAAGCGAGGACAUUGUAGUG